AACUCCAUCUCCGCUUCUUCCCCAUUUCAUUUCAUAAAGACAUAAACUCGCAAUUCUCUUAAUCACAUCACCAACUUUUGCCAUUUGCGAAUUUAAUCCUUCGUCUUCGUUGAGAUAACAAAAGAAAAAAAAAAAAAAAAAAGCAAAAACCCUAAACCUUCGACUUCCCACUGAUCUCUGCUCUUCACCAAUGGAGUUUUGGGGUGCUGAGGUUAAAGUUGGAGAACCUCUCUUGGUGAGUCCCGGAGAGGAGAAGAUACUGCAUCUGUCGCAGGCCUGUCUUGGAGAGUCCAAGAGCAAAGGAAGUGAACAGGUUUUCCUAUAUGUCAAGGUUGGCAAUCAAAAACUUGUUCUUGGGACACUAUCCUCGGAGAAAUUCCCACAAGUGUCUUUUGACCUGGUGUUUGACAAAGAAUUUGAGCUAUCUCAUAAUUGGAAAAAUGGAAGCGUGCACUUUACAGGAUAUACAUCUCUCCUUCCAGAAGAGGAGGAAUCUACUUAUACUGAUUCUGAAGAGGAUUUUCCUCUAGCUGUCACUGACAAUGGAAAGCCAGAGCCAGAGCCUAAGAAAGAUGCAAAGCCUGAUACUUCCGGAACCAAGAAAAAAGUGCAGAUUGUAGAACCAAACAAAGUUGCCUCUAAUUCAAAUAUUGACAGUAAGAAGAAUGAAGACAGUUCUGAUGAAGAUGAUGACGAGGAUGAGGAGAGCACAGAUGAUGAGAAUGAAAAUGGAGGUGAAGAAGAUGAUACCAAUGAUGACGAAAAUGAGUCUUCUGGAGUCGAUAGCGAAGACUCUGAUGAGGACUCGGAUGACAGUUUGGAAGAGGACGAGCAGACACCUAAAAAGGCUGAAGCAAGCAAGAAGAGGCCUUUAGAUUCUGCUAAUAAAACGCCUGCUCCUGAUAAGAAGGCAAAACUCGUCACUCCUCAGAAGACUGAUGGCAAGAAAGGCGUUGCUCAUGUAGAUACUCCUCAUCCUUCAAAGAAGGCCGGGAAAAUGCCUGCUGCUAAUGACAAAACUAAACAGCAGACUCCCAAAUCAGCAAAUGCCGCAUUCCCUUGCAAAACUUGCAACAGGACAUUUGGCUCAGAAACUGCAUUACAAUCCCACACAAAAGCCAAGCACACAGCCGACAAGUGAUCGGGUUAUUGUUUUAGGAGGAAUAUGGUGCAUGGAUCAGCUCAACCUGACCAGUAUAUCAGAUCAGAAUCACGAUACUGGAUGGUUGUGAAUUUUCUACCCCGAUCCUUUUGAGGUUCAUUUUCUAAAUAUUCAGGUGUGAUUUCAAAUCUUAUUAUUAUCAUAAGCUCUAGUUACUUGUGAAUGGCUUGUCUUCGACAUUGCGUGUGCUGUAGAAUUUUUUUAGAUCCAGUAGAAUAUUGUUUAAUGUUACUUAGCUGGAGCUUGGAGUUAUCUUUAUUAUUAUUGCCUUC